CAGUACAUAUUCUUUAGCAGACUUGUAUGAGACAGAGAGGCAAAAACUAUGGACAGCAAAGCAGAUGUGAAGUCACUCAUGGCGAAAUUUAACGCGGGUAACAACCCCUCAGAGGAUGUUUCUGGUAACAGUCGACCCUUCAAAAUUGCAGGACAACCUCUCCAUUCAGGAUUACAGACAAGGAAAGCAGCACUUGAGAAAUUUGCAAGUCAAGGAAAUGCAACUUCUCCUUCAGGACCCAGUACCUUUCACAAACCUGUUCAUCUUAAGACUCCUCUGGGGGUCAAGCCUUCAGCUGAUGAUAAGACAGAAAAGGAUCCAAAGCCCCCGUAUUUGAAACCAGUGGCACAAAGGUUUGGGGUUCAGCUUCAGACAACUAACAGGGAAAAUGAUGGGAAAACUGGAUGCACUAAACUCCCUACCAAAAUCAGUGACUUGGCAAAAGAAGAGCCAAAGCCUCUGUAUCCAAAACCUGCAGGGAACAAGCCUCUUAGCACUGCUCCUCAUGAGAAAGAAAAAAGACCUCUGGGAACAAAACCAAAUUCAAAUUUUGAACCACAGGAGAGUGAGGCAAAACCAGUAUUCUCAAAAGUAGCUGGAGUUAAGGAAAAGUUCAUGUCUGCAUCACAAGAAAAUGAGCCCAAGCCUCCUUCCUCUAAACCAGCUCUUGCACAGAAACCUUCUCUAAACCAUGAGGUCUCCCACAGUGAAGACACUUCAAGUAAAAAUGCGCUUCUGCAUAAAGGACUAGGAGGUCCUAGGCCAAAAAUACAUUCUUUUAAAGCUGCAAAGGAAACAGAUGAAAAUAGUAACUGUGCUGCAGAAACUGCAAGCAGUCAUUUUGCUAACAUGGCUCUGAAACCUACUGGCCACUGGUCCAGCUCAUCUCAAGGCACCCCCAAAAAUGUGGAUGAAAAGACUGAAGAAAAAGGAGUGAGUGCUGCCAGGAAUAUCUUUCUCAACAAAAUCAGCCAGGAAGAAUCUGGUUCAUCUCCUCCCAAGUUCCGUAAGAUGAGCACAGUGUUUGCUGCAGGAAAGUCACUGGGUGGGUCAGAAGAAAAGGAGGAUGGGGACAAGAGCUCAGGAGUCCCGAAAAGAAAAGCCUUGCCCCCACUAUUCAAGUUGGGCCAGCCCCCGCAAAAACCCUGCCGACCACCCAGCGUGGACCUGGAAAAGUUCCAGAAGAGCAUCCCAAAAGACAGCCCUAAAAAUGAAGGUUUUAAACAGCCAGCGCUCUCCUCAGCAGCAGCCUCGCCACCUGCACCUCCACCAUACUCUGCCAUGCAGUUGCCACCUCCUCCACCAGCCCUUCACCCAUCCCUGCAGGCCCCAGCAGCUCCCAGCCUGCCUCCCAGGAACAUCAAGCCCAGCUCUGAAACAACAAGUCCAGACAACGAAGAAAAUUAUGAUGAUGUGGAAUUUGUUUCACAGAGUAAGAUGGCUCCUGGAAAUACAGAGGCGGGCCAAGGAAGUGAUGGAGAGAUGUAUGAAGACAUAAAUGAAAUCAGACCAUCGAGAGAAAAAGAGAAGAAGUGGGACAAGGAAGAAAAGAAAAGAAUGGACCAAGAGAAGAAAGAACAAAAGGAAAAAGAAAAGAAAGAGCAGGAAAUAAGGAAGAAGUUCAAAUUAACAGGACCCAUCCAAGUCCUUCAUCAGGCACGAGCUCGUGUUGACAGCAAGGGAGGGAAGAAUGAGCUGACUGUCAAACAGGGGGAUCAGAUUGAAAUCAUUCGCCUCACAGACAACCCAGAAGGAAAGUGGCUGGGCAGGAUAAAAGGAUGUUAUGGUUACAUUAAGACGACCGUGGUGGAGAUUGAUUAUGACUCUUUAAAAACAAAGCAAAAAAACGCUGUGAAACAACCAGAGAGUGACCAAGAAGUAUAUGAUGAUGUUGGAGAACAGGACAGUAUUAGCAGUCAGAGUGGUGGUCGAAAUGGAGCUGGAAAGAUGUUCCCACCUCCUCCUUCUGAUCAAGAAAUUUAUGAUGGUGUUGAUGAUACCGAUGCUGUUACUAGGUCUGUAUCACAGGAUGAAGAUAAGAAUGAUACCUGGUCCUGGGGAAUCUUGAAGAAGCUAAAGGUCAAAGAUAACAAAAAAAAAAGUAUACGAGAAAAAACUACCAAAGUCAAUGGGGCAGAAGAUAAUGGAGAUUUGUUGUCUCCUUCAACAAAGCAGUUUGGAAAAGAUUGUGGAGACAGUGAUGUUUAUGAUGAUGUAGAUUCCUCAGACUUUCCUCCACCACCUGACUUCAGUUCACCAAAACCGGUAAACCUUGGAAAAGGUAAAUCAGAUGAAAAAGAUCCACAAAAGCUUAAAAAGAUGGAAAGAGAAGAGAAGGAGUUCAGAAAAAAGUUCAAAUUUGAAGGUGAAAUCAAAGUUCUUUACUCUACCACCACAGUCCAGGAUUUGCCCCAAAGGAAGUGGGGAUCUAAAGACUUACAAGUUAAACCAGGGGAGUCUAUUGAAAUUAUACAAAAUACAGAUGAUACCAAGGUGCUGUGCAGGAAUGAAGAAGGAAAAUAUGGGUAUGUUCUGAGAAGCAAUUUAGUUGAGAAUGAUGGAGAGAUUUAUGAUGAUAUCGGUGAUGAUUGCAUCUAUGAUAAUGACUAAUGCAGAAUUCUGUGACAGUAAACGUUUCACUAAAGACCAAAAUCAAUUUUGGACUUCCUAAUUGUCAAGCAAGAAGCCAUUAAAGCUGAUUCCAAGUUAAUCAGUUACACUCUUCUAAAUGUACAUUACUUGUUAAUCUUUUUGUAGGAUUUCAGGGGUUUGUCCUCAGUUGCUUUGUAAGAUAUAUAUAGUGCCAUUUAUCAGAGCAAUUAAACUAUGGGGUAUAUGAACUAAAAUUAAAGUUAUCAUCUUCCACUUCCUUUCUACACUGGUGACAAUCCAUACAAAAACAAUUCUUCCUCAAUUAGCUACACCCAAAGAGGCCAGUUCAGAUCUGUGAAGGAUAUAGAGGACAACAAAUCCUGGGAACAGGUUUCACUGCAGCUCUGUUCUAGUAAACAGCAGAGACUGUCACUCUGGGGAUGAGAGCAUCCUGAAAAGGAAUGUUUCUUUUGGGGAUAACAUCCUGUUAUGAAAACAGGAAAUCAAAAGUGGGCAUCAGUUUGCUGACCUGCUCUUCCAAUUGUAAUAGCAUUAGCUACACUGACAUGUACAGCCAUGUGACUCCAUUACUGAAGUUUAUUUUUCUGUGUUGUACUAGUGAUAGAUUACAGUUUCCUAAAUUUCUCUUUAUUUUGUAAGUACUUUCUGACUAAUAUUAAUAGUAAAACAUUAACUAGUUACGUUACGUACAGCACUCUGAGAUAUAAACCAUAGAAGAGCCUGUUUUAUAGUGUAGUGUUGCUCAGAAUAUCUUUGCAAUGUUUAGGUUAAGAUUUAAUUUUUGUUUAGUUUAGAUAUGUUGUUAUCACUAUAGUAAUGUAGGCAUUAAAAUGGACUUACAAACUGUUUGGAAAUAAUUUCUAUAUUAAAAAUAUAUAUAUUUAUCACACCA